UUCUUCAUCCCUGACCACACAUCUCUGAUAUUGUUUUGCUGGAGCUUGCUCUCCAUACUUUUAAUACUCCAAUACUUUUUAAUAUAUAUACAUUUUUCAUUUAAGAUGAAAAACCUUUAUCUGUAAAUAUGCUCUAUCCAGAACUCUUCAAGUGGCAUAACCUUUGCGUCACCAGGUGCAACUCCUGUAAAAGAAAAUCUCCUAUUAAGCACCUUCUCGCUAUCCAAUGAUUAAUCAAAAAAAUAGUCAACAGAUUAAUCGAUUAGCAAAAUAAUCGUUAGCCGCAGCCCUAGUCUAGAUGUGCUUCAUUGUAAUGUGGUAGACAUGUAUAAAAACAAGAAACGUUCCAGAAAGUUUUUUUAAAAAAUAGUUUACUGAAGUAAAUGCUAUUUAGGCCUGCUUCCAGUAAAAAAAAAAAGAUACAUUUAUUACAAAUGUUAUACCUUAUUACAAUUUCUUCAUAUUUUCUUUGACAAGACAGCUUUGCCACAUGUUAAUUUCACAUGCAGAAUUUGCUUGUAAAUAAUUUCAAUAUUCUUACUAUAUUCCAUGACGACGCUGUUGGAGGAAAGGCCUGUGUCCACCUUUCCCAAGGUGGCAAAGCAAAUCUGCAUAUUAUGCUAAAUAAACCUGUAACCAUGUCAACAAGUCAGCCAAUGAAGCUCCGUUUUCGUCACACACCAGGAAGUCAUGUUUAUUGAACCUACCGGCUUCUUGAAGUUAUAUCCCGUCCUAUGGUAGCGCCUUCUGUGGGACGCACGAGAGAUGUUGCUGCUGGUGCUGAGCGCUCUCCUCCUGCUCUUCUGCAACCUGGAUGUGUGGUACUUUCUGAGGGGGGUCCAGGUCUUUGUGGAAGCAUGGUUCCUGCCCAGAAUAGAGGAUAUUCUAGCUGAGCAAAUUAUAGAUGGUAUGGUCCUGCCCCAUGAUUUAGAUUACCUGGGCCACAUGAACAACUCUCGAUAUCUGAGGGAGUGUGACUUUGCCCGCUUCCAUCACUACAUGAGAAACGGGUUGUUCAUGGCCUCACGCAAACUUGGGGCCAAAAUGGUAGUAGGGGCCUCCACCAUUCGGUACAGACGCUCCUUGGCCUUCCGAGAGGCUUUUGAGAUCCGGACCAAAGUGCUGGGCUGGGACGAGAAGGCCUUUUACUUAGAACAGCGCUUCGUAUCCAAGAGAGAUGACUUUGUAUCCGCAGUCAUGCUUUGUAGGCAGAAUGUGGUGGGCAGUAGCCCAGAAAGCAUAAUUGAAUUUAUCUAUAAGAAGCAGAUCGAAUGUCCACAGUUUCCAGAGGAGCUGAAACACUGGAUCAGCUUCAUUUCAGCCAGCAGUCAGGCGCUGAGAGCAGAGAGUGGCCUGGAGGACAAGAACAAGUGAAGACACACACAAGAUACUUUGGUAUCAUGAGUGGAGACGCAUAUCUCAGCAUUGCACACAUUCAAACAUACCCACACCUUUUUUAGAGAGUUUUAGUUGACCUUAAAUCCUUGAUGUAUUCUGAUUUGGGGCUGGUCUUACUCACUGUUUAUUUAUUUUUUUUGGUUUGUUUGAUGUGAAAUACUGUAUUUACUGCAGCAAAAAAAAAAAAAAAAACUUGAACUGGGUGUAACAUUCACUUUAAAAGGAAGUAAAUCCAGAACAAAGCUUUAUCCUUGUGAGUUACCAAGUAGUUGACUGCAAGUAGAUGGGUUUUAGAUAUCUUUUGCCCCUUUUCCACUUUCUCUGUGUAGGCGGUGUGGCUCCACUCCACUCGCUCUACACGACACAGAACUGGUUGUGUUUCCACUGACCCACUGACAGCUGGAGCUAUGGCGGCUGAAGCCCCUCCUUCAGCCGUCAGUGUAGUACACUGUGCUGCUAUUAACGUUACUGUGUGACACUGUCACAUUAAAGUAAUGUGUCAAAGGGUACAUAAUAAAAACAAAUAAAUAGAAAAUGAAUCCAUAAAAAAAAUACAAAUAAUGUUGGUAUUAUUGUAUAUGUAAGAAUGUCAUUUAUGUUUUUUUCAUGAAUAAAAUGAUCCACUUGGAUAAUUAUCUGGCCCACAGCCCAGCCAGAACUUGUAAGGCUGAGGGGUUCUGAUGUGAGGGGGAGUGUGGCAGAGUGGAGAGAUGCUGCUGUCUGGACUGGUAAGGUCCAAAGUUUGCCUACACUACAAUUAUAAUUUUAGACCUUAAUGCAGUAGUUUUUGUCUCAGCCAUGGUAAUAAUGAGGACAAGGACUUUAAAGUGCAAAACCACGGUGAAGUUAGUUUUAGGUUGGUGCUCCAUGGUUUUAGCUGGGUCUUCCUCCCAUUUUACCCGAUGCAGGCAGUAUGAUUAUGGACAGCUCCUCUCUGCCUGCUCCCUCCUCCUGCAGACGCUGGUUCGCUUAUUUUCUUUUCUUUUAGUCUUCAGGCAUGGUUUAUGAUUUGUAAAUAGUAAAAUUAUAUUCGGUAUAACCCACUCUGGCCAUUGUGGCCACUUGAGUUUUGUACCUCAAUGAAAACCUUCUCUUUUCUCCUGGUCCCAUGGCCGAUCAGUGAACAGCAGUCUGUUGACGUCUCAUGUAGUCCCCAGUCCCGUUGAUCGUACCUGCUCAGAAGCGGGGACCGGUACAGAAAUACAACAUUAAUGAAAACGCUUGCAAAGCGGGCCGAGUGCAGUGGAGCUGCGCUAAAUCGAGCCGGGGGUAAAGGGGCAUUUUUUUCUCAUUUGGAAUCUUUGAACUUCAGAUUAGCAUGUAGCGCAAACAUUAAUAUUCCGCUGGCAUAAAUGCAUGUUUCAAAACAAUCAGAAUAUUUUUCAAGCCUGUUUCUUAUAGUUUAGUAACAGAGAGUUACAACAGAAUGAAAACCCAACAACAUGUUAAAGGUAAUACUUGAAGGGAUUAAGCAUGUAAAGAGGAAUCCUGUGAUCAGUAUUUUUAAACAGGCUAAUGUCUGUUAACAAUCUAAAAUGGAAUACUUGAUUUAAAAUCUACAUAAACACCUUUUAUCAGCACUUUAUUUUAGUAAAUUGAGAAAAACAAAAACGCUAUUCUAAAAAAGAUGACUUAUUUGUUGGAUCUGCAUAGGAUUUUAAAGAGAAUGCUUUUGAACUCUUGAUUGGCAGGUAUAAUGAGCAAAGGCUAACAGAGGUUGCUGGCAACUUUUCAAAAUCUGCAACGCACAAGGAAGACCGAGUGUUUGAGUGCUCUCAUUGAAAGAAUAAUUUGAAAUGUGCAAACUUGUCAUUUAUGCAUCAGAGCUUCCUUUUUGUGACCAAAUUAGUGUAUUGUCCUUAGUUAGAGAUAUUCGAUUUUUAAAAAUGUAUGCCUAACCUUUUAUGUAUUCAUGCUGUCAGUGCAAUGUUAAGAAAAUCCUGGUUAAUACCUUGAAGUUUGAAGAUAAAAAUUAUAUGUUUAUUUUCCAUUUACUGUUCUUUGAUUUAUGGUAACUGAUAUAUUUAUCAAACAUUAUUUAUUAUGUUUGGUAUUGAUCUUAAUGCAUUUUAAAAUAAAAAUGCACCAAACAUUGUUUUUGGGUCAUUUUAACUACA